AUGCACAUCCACCUCACUUACCAGAUGAAUGAAAAUAAUGCUCCUCGCAAGAAAUGCUGGGAGUGGUUGAGGCCAAGUCAUUCAGACCCUCAUUUGCUGUCCUCUCUCUUGCCUUUGAGGAAUGGGUCACAUGAAAUAUGUUCAGAGAUAUCACCCCUCCCACCCUCAAACCGAAUUAUGGGCAGUCUUCCAACUCAGGCAUUGUGCAGUGUGUUGACAUCUACACUCACAUCGAACAUCUCGACCCAAAGGUUCAAACAAAUUUUCGCAAUGCCAUUACUUCUCAAUUUUGUCAAGCUUCAAUUAGAUACAUUCAGCAAGGUGAUGGAGUGUCUCAGGCAACUUUUCAAAGUAUGCCAACCCCUCUGGGCUUGGUUUUUUGUCCAUGUAAAACCACCAUGUUGUACACCGGUUAUAUAUUGUAUCUCAUGUGGGAUCGGUGCUUUACAAUGGUCCAUGUGUGAGUUGACAUUUGCGAUGGACAAGCACUAUGUUAAUGAGCUUCUUCAACUCCUUCACACACACACACACACACACACACACAAUAAUUGGAUAUUUGGUGUCUCCAAUACUAGUAAGGGCUGA